GCUGCCCUGCCUUCUCUUGUCCUGCCCUGGCGGCGCCGGCCGGGCAGCGCAGUCGAGCGCGGGGCAGCGGAGCGGCAUGGCGGCGGGGCUGAGGUUUGACGGGCGGGUGGUGCUGGUGACCGGCGCCGGAGGAGGACUGGGCAGAGCAUAUGCUCUGGCUUUUGCCGAAAGAGGAGCUUCAGUAGUUGUGAACGAUCUUGGAGGUGAUUUCAAGGGAUAUGGCAAGAGCUCCUCAGCUGCAGACAAAGUUGUCAAUGAAAUCAGAGCAAAAGGAGGGAAAGCAGUGCCUAAUUAUGAUUCUGUGGAAGAUGGUGAAAAGCUUGUCAAGACAGCACUUGAGGCUUUUGGGAGGAUAGAUAUUGUUGUAAACAAUGCUGGGAUCCUAAGAGACCGUUCAUUUGUUCGGAUAAGUGAUGACGAUUGGGAUAUAAUUCAUAGAAUUCAUUUGAGGGGAUCGUUCCUGGUCACCCGAGCUGCAUGGGAUCAUAUGAAAAAUCAGAAAUUUGGCAGAAUAAUUAUGACUUCCUCAGCUGCUGGAAUAUACGGGAAUUUUGGUCAGGCAAACUACAGUGCUGCAAAACUUGGCCUUUUGGGUCUUUCAAACACAAUUGCAAUUGAAGGCCGGAAAUACAACAUCCACUGCAACACAAUUGCUCCUACUGCUGGAUCCAGACUGACCCAGACUGUCAUGCCACAAGAUCUGAUUGAUGCUUUCAAACCGGAGUAUGUUGCUCCUUUGGUUGUUUGGCUUUGCCACGAGAGCUGUGCGGAGAACGGCAGUCUGUUUGAGGUGGGAGCUGGAUGGAUUGGAAAAUUACGCUGGGAGCGAUCCUUGGGUGCUAUCGUCAGAGGAAAGAAUCAGCCAAUGACGCCUGAAGCAGUGAGAGAUAAAUGGGAGAAAGUCUGUGACUUUGAUAAUGCCAGCAAACCCAGAAGUAUCCAAGAGUCCAUAAGCGUACUGAAUGAUGCUCUAAGUCAGAUAGAGUCUCAAGGCAAUGUUUCUAUGAAUUCAACAAGCUCUGGAUCAGUGCUCUCUUCAUCUGUUGACACGGCAAGCAUUGUUGGCCGGGAAUUGGCUACCAACGUGUAUAAAUAUACUCACUUAGAGCCUAUUCUAUAUGCCCUUGGUGUGGGAAUGUCAACUAAGGAUCCAGAUCACCUAAAAUUUCUCUUUGAAGGAAGUGAAGAGUUCUGCUGUUUACCUAGCUUUGGAGUAAUUCCUGCUCAGACUUCGAUGUUUGAUGGUGUUCCUUCUAUUCCAGGACUAAAUAUUGAUCUCGCGAAGAUGCUACAUGGGGAGCAAUACCUGGAACUAUAUAAGCCACUGCCAACUUCAGGAGAGUUAACUUCAGUUUCAACCAUUGCUGAUGUUCUUGACAAAGGAUCAGGAGCAGUCUUGCUUAUAGAUGUGAAUACCUACUGUGGAAAGGACCUAGUGUGUUAUAAUCAGUUCUCUCUGUUUUUUGUUGGAGCUGGAGGAUUUGGGGGAAAACGAACAUCAGAAAAGGCCAAGGUAACAGGGAAUCCACCCAAGAGACCCCCUGAUGCUGUAAUUUCUGAUGUCACAACAGCUGAUCAGGCUGCCUUGUAUCGCCUGAGUGGGGAUUGGAAUCCUUUACAUGUUGAUCCAACUUUUGCUGCUCUUGGAGGAUUUAAGAAGCCUAUACUUCAUGGACUAUGCUCUUUUGGGUUUGCUGCUAGAAACGUUUUGAAGCAGUUUGCAAAUAAUGAUGUGAACAGAUUCAAGGCGAUCAAGGUUCGCUUUGCAAAACCAGUCUUUCCGGGACAAACUUUACAAACAGAAAUGUGGAAGGAGGGAAAUAGAAUCCAUUUUCAAACUAAGGUCAAAGAGACUGGAGAAGUGGCUAUUGCAGGGGGCUAUGUGGAUAUAGUACCAGCCUUGGAUAAGCCUUCUGCUCGGGAGCCUGUGAAGACUGCAGGCCUGCAGAGUGACCUUGUGUUUGAAGAAAUUGGUCGUCGUGUAAAAACACUUGGAAAUGAAUUGGUAAAGAAAGUAAAUGCCGUAUUCCAAUGGGACAUCACUAAAGAUGGAAAAACAGCAAUGCAGUGGACAAUUGACUUAAAGAAUGGCUCUGGAUCAGUGUAUCAAGGACCCGCAAGAAAUUCUGCUGAUACCACCUUCACUCUCUCGGAUGAGGAUUUCAUGGAUGUGGUACAACAAAAGACCAACCCCCAGAAGGCAUUCUUUUCUGGUAAAUUAAAAGUGAAGGGGAACAUCAUGCUGAGCCAGAAAUUGGAAAUGAUCCUGAAAGAUUAUGCCAAACUCUGAACUGCUUGAUCAGGUACCACAGCAGCGAAGAACUUCAGAAGACAGAAGCUUCAAUUAGUUCAGAAUCAACGACUGAAACAUUUGCAGGCUACUUAAAAUCAGUGUACUGAUUCAUUAUACUGCUAAUAAGCAAGCUGUUUUAAUUGCUGUAGGCAGAAAAUUAUGAAAUGAAUGUAACUGUUAAUAUUGUCCCUCUCUUUUUUUCUCAGCAAUGGUAGAGAAUCAUACUUUUCUCAUUGCACGCCUUUAUCUAAAUAAAAAUGUAUGUAGUUCUUACAAAGAUGCAUAUAUUUCUAUUUUAAUUCUGAAGAAAAUUAAACCAAUACAACUCUUUGAUAUGUC